AAACGGCUUCGACUCCCUCGAGCAGAAGGCCCACGAGCGGCGCAGCGCCAUGCCGGAUCGAGGCCCGCCCCGGCCGCGUCGGAUGAUGAGGACGACAAUGACGGCGUGGAGGCCGCGCGCGGAGCCAAGGAGAACGGGUAGGGGGCGCCGAAGGAGGAAUAGCAGAAGAAGCCUAAGAAGCCCAAGGUCACGGUACCUGAGGCCGCCGCGAAGAUCGAUGCGGCCGAUCUUGCUACAUUUCUUGCCGAUAGCUCGGCUUCGUACGAAUCACAACAGGAUAUUCAACUCAUGCGAUUUGUGGAUUUCUUCGCACGCUUCUUUGCCUCUGUCAGUGCACCACAGUUCCUCUGGGUUAAGAUGUUCAAGGAAUCCCCUGCUGCUAAGAUCGCUGAUAUUCCCUUGUGCCAUAUAUCUGUAUCUGUUUAUAAGACUUUGGUUGAUUGGAUUGCCUUGAAAUCUCCUGAAGCUUUGGCCAAUUUUGUUCUAUGGUGCCCGGAUAACAUUGUUGCUGACCUGGCAAAUCAACAGUCAGCCACCAAGGGCUCAAAAAAAUCUGUUCAACAGAUUCCAUCAAGUAAUCAGGCCACAGAGAGGUUUAGAGCAGUUUAUCCUACUCCGAAAGAGCUGGUUCUCCUGGGACGAAAACUAGGAAACAAGCAUCACAGCAGCUUUUGCCCACUGCUAUUUUAGCCAUUCAAGAAAGUAUAACUGAAAUACUUGACAUUAUUAGAUAUGUUCUAGAUUGAGGCUUUAAUAUUUAUGGUUUUAAUUGAAACUGGCACCUGUUUGCAGAGAAUCUGGAACUAACAAAAGAAGCAACAGAUUUAUUCAUUUGGUGUUGACUCAAAUUUGUCGAGUGUUACAGGCAGUGGGUGGGUUGUUCUUGUACAAACUUACUCUGUCAUCACUCUUAUCUUCUUUUGUUAUCUCAAGCAAACCUUCUAACUGCUUUAGCUGGUCCA